AUGUCACCUGUUAUUUGCAGCAACUAUUGCAGUGCUUUUAUUGUUGACUUUCACCGGAGUUGUUCUGGCUGUUCCUAUAAACUCUGCCUUACUUGUUGCAAAGAAUUAAGGAAAGGCAACUUGCAAGCAGAUGCAUCCGAGGUGAGGAUGCAAAAUAUUGACAAUAGACCGGGUUAUUUGCUUGGUAAAGCUUGUAGCAUAACUUCAGCCAAGAAUGGAACUUGCGCUGGAAUGACUGAAGUUAGAACAAGGGAUCAAACUGAGGUGGCAAUGGAAUCUAAAUGGAAACCCAUGGAAAAUGGUGUGAUUCCUUGCCCACCCAAAGAUAUGGAAGGCUGUAGUGAAGGAACCUUAACUUUGAGGUGUCUAUUUUCUGAGAAUUGGAUAUCAGAAUUGUUACGGAAAGCUAAGGAAAUAGCUCAAAAAUGUAACUUGCAUAUUGAUUCAGAACUGCACCACUCAUGUUCAAAAUCCAAGGGUGAAAGUAGUACUUCCGGUGGCAAGUUACGUAAGGCAUCUGCUCGGGAAAAUUCUGGUGAUAACUACGUAUUCUGUCCAGCAGCUGUGGAUACUCAGCGUCCAAAUUCGAGGCAUUUCCAGCUCUCUUUAUCUAAAGGGGAACCAGUUGUUGUAACUGACGUUCACGAUAAAGCAUUGCGAUUGAGCUGGGAACCUACAAUAAUGUGGAGUGCUUGUCGACAAACCAUGAAGGCUGCUGAUGUUUUAAAUUGCUCAAAUUGGUGUAAGCACGUACUCGGCCUUUAUAAGGGAGAAAUUUGUCAUGGUUUUCCUAAGGAGCUUGGACGUGGAGACUCAGUCACCAAACUACACUGUGCUCUGACUGAUAUGGUCAAUGUAUUGAUGCACACUCAAGCAGUGAUCCCAACGGUUCAACAGCUCUUGGCCAUAGAGAAGUUGAGACAGAUUCACAAAGCGCAGGAUCAGAGAGAAUUUGCAGCUGAUGCUAACAGGAUGCAUGAGAGGAUUAAGGCUAACCUGCCUAAUGAAAAUGGAAAAUCUGUUCUGAAAGGGUUGAACUUUUCUAAGGAGAAGCAGAACUGUGUUAAUAAGAAGUAUCGCCAGCAAAGUGUAAAAGCUGAUUGUAAAACAAAUAAAGACGGAGAAGAUAGUACUUCUCUUUUUGGGCAGGAUAAGCCUGAAGGAUUUGAAGAAACAGAUGGUGGUGCUCUAUGGGAUGUUUUUAGGAGGCAAGAUGUUCCUAAAUUGGAGGAAUAUCUCAGGAAGUACUUCAAGGAAUUUAGGCACAUACAUGGCUCACCGUUUCCACAGGUUGUUCAUCCCAUUUUGGAUAAGACUUUCUACUUGAGCACUGAGCAUAAAAGGAGGCUAAAGGCAGAAUAUGGCAUUGAACCAUGGACUUUUGUACAAAAAUUAGGUGAAGCUGUUUUUGUUCCUGCCGGAUGCCCUCAUCAAGUUAGAAAUUUAAAGUCCUGUAUCAACGUCGCUCUUGAUUUCAUUUCUGCUGAAAAUGUGAAUGAGUGCCUCCGUUUGACCGAGGAGCUCCGCAAGCUUCCCAGAAAUCAUGGUUCUAGGAAGGACAAGUUGGGGGUAAAGAAAAUUAUUAUUCAUACAAUGAGCCGAGUAGUGAAUCAACUGGAGAAGACACUAUUGAACUCUGAAGCAGGCAUCCGUACAGAAUUAUGCUUAUCAAGUUCGAUAAGCAAUAGUAUAAAUGUUAUGCCAGGACCAAGUAUGGCAAAAUCUUUCUCUGUUUCGGAAGAUCCAUCCAGUCGCAUGACAGCCAACAGAGAAGAAUAUGUUGCCCCAAGUGAGGAUGAGGAACCAAGAACUGCUGAAGUUAUUCUACAUUCUCCACUUCCAGUUCUUCCAGCAAACAAGGCUCAAGAAAGCACAUCGGUUCCUAUUCAAGAGUUGAAGCAGCUCAUCAAUAUAGAGGACGUUGAAUCAACUUUCCACACGGUUCAGUCAUUCUUGAAGUCUUUACCAGAGCAGUAUCCCAGCCAACAAUCAGGCCUCCAGAGCAGUAGUUCUUCUUCAGCCCAAACACUUGCAAAGUUGAUAUUUGAAUGCUCCAUCAGACUACCUUUGGAAGCAUUGACUCAUGAUCCGACAAAUGAAAAGGAAAUGCAUGGUGCAAUUGCUGCUUUGGUUGAAAAUUCCUCAUCGUUGUUUAGCGAUGAACAAGCCAAGCAAUUGUUAAAACUCAAGUAUGAGCUCCCUGUCAUGGUUAAGAAAUGGAGGGACUUGGAACAAUCUGAAUCAAGUUACCAGGAAUUCUUGACCAACUUCGAAGAGGACAGGAAAAAAUUGGAUAUUUGGAUUAGAUCAGAAGAAAGGUUGAAGGCGGAGUAUAAUAAAAAGGAGGAACAAGCUCGAGAGUUGGAAGCAUUACUUCAAGAUAUAAGGACCAGGCAGAAAGAAAUCAUGGACGAACGACAAGAAGGGUCUCGAGAAGCUCAAAAACUCAUGUUGUUAGCUCAAGAAAAAGCUGGAAAGAUAGAAAGCACUACCAAUGAAUUGGCAACAACAAAAAUGCAGAUAGAUGGCUUGAGAAAAAAUUGGUCCAACUUUCAGUCUUCAUUCCCCUAGUUGUUACUUUCAGCUCUCUCCUUCUGUUGUCGCAAACUACAACUGUUUUAACUUUCUUGACUUUAUGGUUCGUGGGACUAGAUACAUUUUGGAAGGUAGAGUUAUAGUUCAUCUGUAUGUAUAAAUUGUUGGUCUUCCAGCCAACCAAAAGGUAAAUAUUCCUCCGUCCUUAAUCGGAUGUCUCGGAUUCAAGCCCCUGUUGAGUCUUUGUUAGGGACACUUUACCCCCUAAUGUGGAACUUUCCAGUGUGGAUAUGAAUUAGUCGAGGCCAAAGCGAGUACUCAACACUCCGU